GCUUUCCGCUGUUCAGCGGGAGACCCGGCUGGGCUUCACCGGAGCGAGUUCCUUCCAGGAGAGGGCAGCCGCGCCACCCCCAUGCAGAGAGAGAGCCAGCUCAGAAGAAGCAGGAAGCGCCGCUCGGCAGCUGCAGGGACGAGAAAGCGCUCCGGCUCCCGAACUCUCCGGCCGCAGGUAAAGUCAGCCCAGGGGCGGCGGUGAGAGUCCGCCCCAGCAGCCUCCGCCGCCACGGAGAUCUCACCUCCCCCGAUUCCCACACGCACAGAACGGGGCUUUAGUCAGACUUGCGGGACAGGGCGGCUGUUUGCCCGUUUUGGCAACUAUCCUUCGGAGCAUCUCUGCCGCGCCAGGGACGAAGCUUUCCCGGCCUUGUUGACAAGGCUUGGUUAUGGCAAUGCAGGAUCAAUUCAUACCAUCAAUUGAGGAGGAGGAGGAUUUUUUCAAAGACUAUGUCGUCAUCGCCAAUGAAGACGUUGAAGAGAUUAAGGAUGCUCUUAAAGAAGGGAGAAUGGACAAAGCCGUUUCCAAGAUUAUGGAAAACCUUCAGGCCCUGGAGAAAACUCACUUGGACAUAGCAGUAACGGGAGAAUCUGGCUCGGGGAAGUCCUCCUUUGUCAAUGCCAUCCGAGGGCUUGGAGAUGAAGAAGCGGGUUCUGCUCCCACUGGGGUAGUGGAGACCACAGAGAAGCCCACACCUUACCCACACCCCAAGGACCCCAAUGUCACCCUGUGGGAUCUACCUGGAAUUGGAACGCCAACGUUCCGCGCCAGCACUUACCUGCGGCAGGUUCGGUUCUCCCGCUACGACUUCUUCAUCCUCAUUGCCUCAGAACGCUUCAAGGCCAGCCACGUCCAGCUGGCACAGGAAAUCUGUCGUCAGGGGAAGCAAUUCUAUUUUGUGCGCUCCAAAGUGGAUGCAGACCUGGAAGCUAGCAGAAAACGCCGGCCACAAACUUACGACGAGGAGGCUAUACUGGGACAGAUGCGAGAACAUUGCCGGAAGUGCUUAAGGGCUGAGGAUAUGCCCGAUUCCAGAGUGUUCCUUCUCUCCAAUUGGGAGAUAAAUAAAUACGACUUCAUGAUGCUGGAGGAAACCUUGGAGAAGGAAUUGCCAAGCCAUAAGAGACAUGCUUUUCUCCUGUCCCUGCCAAACAUCUCUCUGGAUAUCUUGCAGAAAAAGAAGAUGGCUUUACAGAAAGAGAUCUGGAAGCUGGCUACUGUCUCCGCUGGAGCGGCUGCUGUCCCUAUUCCAGGCGUCGGGGUAGCCUGUGAUGUAACCAUCCUGAUCAAAUACCUCUCAAAAUACCGCGACAGUUUUGGUCUGGAUGAGGAAUCUCUUGCCAGGUUGGCUAAGAAGGCCAACAAAUCGGUAGAGGAGAUCAAAGAGGUAAUAAAGUCACCGUUAGCUAAAGAGAUCUCCAGAGAUUUAGUUCUGAAGCUACUCACCAAAGCUGGUGGCGGGGCACUUAUGGUUAUGGAGUACUUUGUCAGCACGAUACCCAUCUUUGGUUCCGUGGCAGCUGGAGGGAUCUCCUUUGGUACCACUUUCUACAUGCUCAAGAGCUGCCUGGAUGAGGUGGCCAACGAUGCUCAACAGGUUUUCCUCAAGGCUUUUGAGUCUGAGGUCUGAAGGAAGUUAGACCUUGAGGAACAGACUGGGAAUGAGGGCACAAUCAAUGUUAAGGGUACUGAAUCAGACACUGUUAUUUACACAAGCCCAUAACUAAAUUCACCAGCCGGAAGAGGGUGGGGGGAGACAUGAAGUACAAAACGUGGCCUUUUGCAAUAAUUUUUUAAUGAUAGUUGAGCGGUGGGCUACUUUAUUUCCAUUUAUUGCAAAAUGUAAAGAGUAUGGCGGAUUCCGGGAUAUUAAUUAUGCCACCACUGUAAAACUAUGCUUCCCAGUAUUCUUUGGGAAAAAAGACAAAUAAGGAUGAAGUUGGUAAAGCACAAAUUGCCCUGUAUUUAGGAUUUCCUAUAUUUGACACAUUUUAUAUCUGACCAAACCAUCAAAGCUGACACCAGAGCACAGAAAAACUCAAAAAGUACUGUAAAGAUCAGAAAAUGUGGAGAGAUCUGGACCAUAUAAUCAUCAAGGGUUGGACACGAUUGAAUGGAUAACAUCAUCACCUUCAUCUUCAUCGACCAAAGGCCUUCUUGCAAUGAGCUGCUUUUUAAGUUGUAAAGUUAGACUUCCUUAUUGUGCUGGUUAAUUUUAAUUGAAGCUGAGUAAUUUAUCAAAUUGCAGAUUGGUACUAAAUAAUGAAUGUUUGAGAUUUCCUAAAGAUCUGGAUGGCCCCAGGGUUGCAAGAAUUGUUUCAAGAUCAUAGUGAAUUUUAAUGCUUCUCUGAGUUAUUCAACAACAAAGCCGCAAGCAGUCAAGAAACUUAACACUGGUACACCACAGGGUUGUGUGUUGAGUCCCUUACUCUAUACUUUUUAUGUACAUGACUGCAUUCCCAUUCACGCAAGUAAUACUAUCAUUAAAUUUGCAGAUGAUACAACAGUGGUGGGACUGAUCUCUGGAGGGGAUGAAUCUGCCUAUCGAGAUGAGGUGGACCGGUUGCUUUCAUAGUGUGGAGACAAUAACUUGGUCCUUAGCACCAAUAAGACCAAGGAGCUUAUAGUGGACUAUAGAAGGAAUAGAUCAGACAUCCAGCCCUUGCUUAUCAAUGGAGACCGAGUGGAGCAAGUGGCUAGUUUUAAGCUUCUGGAUGUUAUCAUAAAAAGAGGACCUCAUAUUGCAACACUUGUCAAAAGGGGCCAGCACAAUUAUACUACCUGAGACUUCUCAGGAAACAACUGAAUGAAAAACUGCUGGUGACCUCCUACCGCUGCACCAUAGAGUAUUUUUAACUUACCGCACCUGUGUAUGGUUUGCCAAUUGCACAGUGGCAGAUAGGACAGCGCUCCAGAGGGUCAACGUCAUUGCCCAGAGGAUCAUUGGCUGCCCCCUCCCCUCUUUGGAAGAACUUUAUAUCCCCCACUGCCUUAAGAAAGUUCAAAACAUUCUUAAAGAUCCAUCUCAUCCUGGGCACCCUUUAUUUUUUUUAACUAUUACCAUCUGGCAGACGGUACAGGAUAACAAAACUAAGGACAAAUAGGCUGAAAAACAGCUUCUAUCCCAGAGCAGGAACUAUAUUGAAUUCUACGGUAUAGUGCAAUAUCAGAGUUUUUUUUUAAUUCAAUUGUAUAAAAUGUGAAGGAUGUGUGCUUUUAUUUUUUAUGUAUGAUGUAAACUGAAGAUGGCAUUUAAUUUCAUUUGUAUGAGGUGCAAUGACAAUAAAGUAAACUAAACAGGC